GUCAAACUUUUACUGUGAAAUAAAAAAAAAGAAUAUCGACUGUAUCAAUUGAAGUCUCGUCAUAGUGAGGGUUUAUAGCCUAUACGCAGUAUUCUAUAUAAGCCUGAUUGUGAAUAGUCGAAAGUUUAAUUUGAAUAUCGUCGUCUCCAAUCCCCGAAGAACUUGGACAUGUGGUCAGGAGGAAUUCAUAAACGGAAAUGUCGACCCUCAGAUGAGUUCGGAUCGACCAGAGCUCGGAUCGUUUUCAUUUUGUUCGUUGUGAUGCACGGAGUUGCCUCGCAAGAUUAUCAAGUCGCGGACAUCAGCUGUCGUUUCCGCGAUGACGUCAGCAACAACAUCGACGCGGUAGCCACCGAGCGGCUGGCGGCGCGGCUCCGCAAGCCCCCGGAUUUUCGCGGACAUCCGCUGUUCGCAGAUGACAGACUUAUUAACCCGUUCGUACACCCUGACUGCCAGAUCAGACCCGACCCUCUGGAGCCAAGCGGCCUCAUCUAUAACUUGCUGAUCAAGGACUUCCGACGCUGCGGUGCCAUCACAAAAGAUAGCUACGUGACGGUGAGGGUUUGGUUCCCUCAGCUGGACGGUGUGGUGAUGGCCACAGACCAGGAGGUGGUGAUCAUGUGCCAGCCAGCACCACCAACCAUCAUCCAGAACCGUGCUGCGGGAUUCGCAGGAUCACUGCCAUCAAAGGGCCGCGUAUCGGGCGUAGUGGAGGAGUCGCCAGGGCGGCUGGAGUACGAGGUCGCCCUCUUCAGGGAGUCGAACGCUCGCACAGGAACAGCGGACGACCGGCCUCUCGCUGACCAGGCGGUGCCUAUAGGCUCGCGCCUACAGCUCAGGACAAGGAUCAAUACCAAUUCUGCCUGGAAAUAUGCGAAGUUGAUCGGUGUGACGGUCUCGGCUGACCAAGACGACUCCUUCUCUCCAGGACACGUCGAGCUCGUCAGGGACGGAUGUCGCCGUCCUGAAGUGACCAGCAUAGUACCUCACCAACCCAGGAGACCAGACGAUCACCACGGUGAAGUGCUGCUCGACUUCGAGGCGUUCAUGCUGGACUCGAAGCUUGCGGGCUCGUCUAAACUUUGGAUCCAUGCCACAAUUAAAGCCUGCAUUGAAGCUGAAGACUGCUUGCCGGAAUUUUGCCUAGACCUCUUCCAGCCAGCUGGACACGGCAGAAAACGUCGAAGUUUCGCAGGAGGAAAUCCUGCGGUGUUGCUGGAGGUCGCCGACGAACCUUCGGUCUCGCUGGCCCAUGUGAUGAACAGGCGUCGAUAUCCUCCGCAGACCCAACCACCGCAGACCCGAGCUCCGCAGACCCAACCUCCGCAGACCCAACCUCCGAAGACUCGAGCUCCGCAGACCCAACUUCGGCAGACCCGACCACUGCAGACUCCUGGUAGCACAAGAACUGCCAGAAACCGAGAGUUUCUACAACAGAGCGAAAACGUGAGCCUGCCAGAGCAACAACACAGGUCUUCGUAUCGCAGUUAUACCACAAUAAAACAACUUGGCCCCAACGUUACUAGCUAUGCCGACCACGUCGGUGUGACGGUCAUCAUGCCUGAUGAUUUAUUCAUCUCGCCUCGAUUGGCGCCCGAGGGCUGCGCCAGCGCGCUGGUGGUGUGCGGGGUGCUGGCUGCCACCGCCCUGGCGGGGGUGGUUGUGUCCUGCUGUCUGUCCGUCAAGCUGCGCCGGCUGCGGUUACAGCAGGAAGACAACACCAAGUUGGACUUGCAGUCGGAAAAUAAAUCGUGCCAGGAAAGCACGAGUAAAUACCCUUCAGUACGAUACCUGCUUCAGUGAAAACACCAUUUAUUAUGCUACGUAUUACAGUGAAAAUGUCGGAAAAAAUUUCCGCUGUUAAGUAUUGUCCAGACGUCAUUUGCAAUGUCGAUUGCCCUACGGUCCGACUACAACGCUACGACUGCUUUUUACGAUGAAAUAUUCAUGGGCAUUCGCGCAGUCCACUGAUUAAUUUAAUGUUAUUGAUAAGUACGCACUGUGUAUAUUGAUUAAGCUUGCAAAAUAGUUAUAUUUUUUAAUCAACUUGACUUUCUGCACUGACUUUCACUGGUCGAAAUAAUAAGACUGAUGAAAAUUAACCAUAAACCCACAAGCACUUAUUUGUUCUAAAA